UAAUUUUUAUUUGAAAGUGAACUAAUCCUUUAACUCUAACAUAAUCCUUGUGACAACAAGCCCUGGUCUUCUCUUAAUUUUAAAAUUGUAUUCUUGUGAUUCAGUCUCUGUUUUCUUUCUCUGGAAUUUGCAGGGGAAAAAAAUAUAUUCCAAUAAUUACUGCAGCAUGUUAAACUUUAAUUUUACACAUUAUAAGGUCAAACGCUUAGCACAGAUCAAAGCAGCAUAAUGCGGGUCAUUUGGCUUGCUUGUCUUUUCAAUGGAGUUUUAUAAAGGGGCUCAUUCAAAAGUCAAAACGGCGUAAGAUGCGAUUUCACGCCUUUUUAGGUUCAUCCAUAAGUGGCUACCAGCACGAGAUAACAGCUGUGUGUCAGACGGUGUGUGCGUACGUCUGUGUGUAUGCGUUGAGGUGAACGGACACUUGAGCGUCCCCCGGCAAACGCAGCGUUAUAGCGGCCGCCGCGCGCGCCAGUUUCCGUUCGUCUCUCCGGUUGCUGGGCACUAAGACAAACUCAUGCUCUGUUUGAGCAGAACACUAUUACAGACGCGCGCGUAAAUAUUUGCUCAGAAAACAGACUCCCCAUGAGCGAUGGGUAUAAAUGAGCAAACCGCUAAUUAUCCAUAACUCGAAACGGACGGCAAGACUUCACGAGCGACAUCCAUCCAGCAUUACACGGAUGGCAGCAAGUGUUAUCAGGACACUGAGUAAUUUGGGUUUCGCAAAACCCUUCCCUCCCUCCUUCUUUCCUGCUGAGGAUGAGGAGGAGACUGAAGAAGAAUAUGAAGAGGAGCUGAGAGAGGACAGUCUGGAGGAGGAAGAGGAUGGAGUAGCCAGUGAGUCUCAAGAGGAAGAGCCGUGGAGUUUUGACCCCUGCCCCAAUAACGCUGAGAUGACCAACCAGCUCCUGCGGUUCGCUGAACUCAUCAGCAACGAUGUCCAGCGCUACUUUGGUCGAAGCCAAGACCCUGAUGCCUGUGACAUUUAUGCAGAGAGGCCAUGUCCAAAAGUCGGGGGCCGCCAGCGAUACUAUGCUGACUUCAUCAAAGUAGCAUCAUCAGGGCAGGCUGAGGAGCCUGAGUCGCUCGGGCCCCUUGCAGAGCUCUUUCAAGAUGCUCAAAGGAAAGGGCGGGGUCUGCCCAUGAGUCAACGGCGCCUGCCAAUCAGCUUCUGGACAGAGCCUUUCGCACACCAGCUUGAUGUGUUAAGUGAUACCAGCACACAAGAGAACUCGCUCAGUAUGAUCGACACUUCAGAGAGCUCUAUCAACAUCAGCACGUCACUGAGCAUGUUCAGUAACACGAGUGUGUGCACCAUGACCAGCUCCAGUGUCUCAGGGACUCUCAGCAGCUCAAGCACCCCAGACUUCAGUGAUUUACUCGCUCACUGGGCCAUGGACAGAGAGAAUCCCAGUGAAUUUAACUCUGACUACCAACUAUCAUAACCAGUGUUUGCCAGUCAUAUCACUGCAAAAUAUAAUUUAAAUCUAAUGCUUAAAUCUUUUCUUUCUGUUACCUAGACAUUUUCUUUAGAAAAUGCAUUUGGAAUAUCAAGUGUAUUUUGUCAUGUUCCAGUCUCAGAUGUUUUCAUUUAUUUUAAGUAUAAAACUUUUUUUUUAUGCUAUUUUUUUGGUAGUGUAACUGUAUUACAUUUUUAAUACAAAACUGUAUUUCUGUAUAAUUCUUGCUCUGUUUGUUUUCAUGUAUAAAAAGAAUUAUUUUGAUAAAAAAUGUAUGCAGCUAAAUAUGGAAUUAAAUUACCCUGUUUGUGAUUAAUAAUUCUGCUAUAUCUUCACAUAUCUUCUUUUACUAUAGGCAGAAAUAAGGAAUGAUCUGGUCAGGUCACAAUCACAAAAUAAAUUGUGACAACUAGACCCAAACGUGACUAAAUUAACAUGAAACUUGUAAUGAAGGAAAUCGAAACAAA